AUGGCCUGUUUUCGACAUACAAUCAGAAUUCGACAACUUGAAUCUUGGAUCACUGGCACACUGUACUCGUUGGACCGAGAUCCCAGUCAAGUCCCCGAGGCGACCAUAUCCUGGUUCCAAAAACGUCUUUCGGAUUGGAAAGAGUCGAUUCCACCACCGUGUGAUAUCGCUCCAGCUUUUGGCGGUCGUCCCUACGAUGGAUAUGAUUAUUACUUGCAUUUCUACUACAAUUGUCAGCGACAGCUCUAUCUGCCAAUGAUCAUGUCCAAAAGCCCAAGAUAUGUCAAGGAAUGCGCUGAAGCGUGUGUGGGCGUGUGUGAUACUUUCAAGAAGCUACAUCGAAACUCGGUUGUAGGGUACUCACUCUGGGCCCUCCAAACAGUUUUUCUGGCCGGCCUGACUCUCAUUUACACAACGUGGAUCCAGCGAGACAGUCUUGCACCACAUCGCGUGUCCAAUGCUCUGAACGCCUGCAACGUCAUUCUUUACAUUAUAGUCGAGAGACUACCAACAGCGACGAGAUAUCGCGAUGCCUUUGAAGAGCUCAAGGAGAGUCUGGACCAUCUACUGUCGGGCAGCGCGGAGCAAUCCAACCCACGACCGCUCCCGUCGGAAGGCAAUGUGGCCAUCCGGCAAAUGCUCAAGGACGGCCUCGGCCUUUAUGAUUACGAAAACAUGAUUAUAAACAUGGUUACAGGAAGUAGCCAUGAUCAAAAUUCAGCACAAAGCUCUGUAGAGAUCCUUGGUGCAGAGCCUAGUAUUGACAUGGGACAUGGCGAUGUUGCGCACCUGAUGGAUGGAACGAAUGAGCUGAUUGCUUUCGUUGAGGGUCAAGAGCCUUCCCAUUUUGGCACUAGCAAUGAUUGA